UAAUGCCUAGAAAUUAUUAUAAUGAUUUACAGAUUAAUAGAGAUGCAACAUAAGAAGAAAUAGCUAAUUCUUACAGAAGGUUAUCUUUAAGAUAUCAUCCCAAAUUUAGUAAAAUGGAUUAAACUACAACAAACUAUUAUUUUUCAUUAAUAUCAGAAGCAUAUGAAGUAUUAAGUGAUUAAGUAAGAAGAGCAUUUUAUGAUUAAUUUGGCGAAGAAAAAUUAAAGUAAGGUUUUUUCCAUAAAGGAGGAUAUAGAUUUGAAAAAAAUCCGAUUGAAAUAUUUGAGAAAUUUUAUUUAGAAAAUAAUCCAUUCGCAUAUGUUAUAGAUGAAAACGGUGAAAAUGGAACAGGAACAUUAUUUGGCUAUCACUUUUAAGGAUAACAUUGUAAUAAAAAUCAUCCUCCUUAAGAUUUAGAAACUGAAGCUGAUUGUACCUUAAACGAGUUUUAUAAUGGUUGCUCCAAAUAAAUUAAAUAUUUAAAACGAGUUUUAUAAUAAGAUGGAAGAACAACAUAAGAUGUUGAAUGUGAAAAAACAAUACAUAUUAAACCAGGCUUUAAAGAUGGAACAGUCUUGAGAUUUUAUAAAGAAGGAAACCAAGCAGCUGGAUAUGAAAAUUCCGAUUUAAUAAUCCGUUUAAAUGAAAUUGAUCAUUAAAAUUUUAAAAGAAAGUAAAACGAUUUAAUAUAUGUUCACAAAAUAAAUCUUUAUGAAUGCUGGAAUAUAUAAGGAAUUAAUAUAAUUACAUUAGAUGGCAGGAGACUUUAUGUAGCUAUUGAUGAAGUUGUUACACCUUUUGCUUAAUAAAUUGUUCAUGGAUAAGGAAUGCCUAUAUAUUUUGAUAAUUAUUAUGAAUCUAAAAAAUAAAACUUAUUAAAAAAUUAAUAGGAUAAGGGAAACCUUAUAAUUUAAUUUGAUGUUUAAUUCCCAUAAAAUGUAAGUUUAGAUUAAGUUAAUAAUUUAAAAAAAUUAUCUGCUUACUGCUAAUGAAAAAAUGCUUAUUAGUUUUUAUAUAUUAUUUUAUUCUGUAUUUUUUUAAUAAUAAAAUUUAACUUUAG